AUGAGUGGAGGGGUAGGUCUGGGGCUGCAACAGUUCCCCCAGUCGCCUCUUUCACCGCGGCAGACCACAUCCUACUCUGGCUUUCAACUCCCAUCCUCAGACUCCUCACAGGCGUCAAACAACUCGGAUUCGGACGAUGGCGCCCUACCUUUCCCGACCGCUCUCUCCAGAAAAGACUUUCUUGUACCCGACUUCGAUGCCGCCGCCUAUUUGUCAUCGUUGUUCCCGUCAGACGUUGACACGACCUCGGCGCACCGGCAUCAGACCCUGGAAGAUCUGCGGUCGGAACUGAGGGAACGUAGCGCUACCAUCUCGGCGGAGCUUCUCGAGCUCGUCAACGCAAACUAUACUUCAUUCCUCAGCUUGGGCGACGAGCUCAAGGGUGGUGAGGAUAGGGUCGAGGAUGUGCGCGUGGCUCUUCUUGGAUUCCGCCGCGCCGUCGAGGAUAUCAAAAGUCAAAUCGCACGACGGAAACGUGAUGUUUCCGAAGCCUGUGAUGAACUGGGUGCCGUCAGGCAUGGUAUCGAGAAGGCGCGACGCAUGCUAGAGUUGGAUGAGAGGAUAGGGGCGCUGGAGGCCAGGCUGGCUGUUGACAGUUUGCCCAAAGGCUCUGCGGAUGAUAUAUUUGACGACCUUAGUGACGAGGAUGACGAUAAUGAAGACGAUCUGGACCAAGAAGAUGGCAAAGUUGACAAAUCGUUCGUUGGGAGCAGCCCAACGAGGUUACUUUCUCUGUCGAGAGAGUACAUGCUCGUCAACCAAGUGGCAGACAUUGUUGGUAGAGAUGCUUCUUUCGUGAGGCAGAUGGAGGAGAGAAUCCGAAGGUGCCGGAACACGCUCCUACUAGACUUGAAUACGGCAAGUAAAGAGGCGCGGAGCGCAGGCACCCGAGGUCAGGUUAGGAUUUUGAAGUUCCUUGCUAUUUAUCGGCUAUUGGGGGCAGAGGGAGAUGCAGUCGCUGUCUUCAAAAAGCGAUAA